GAUGCAACCUUUUAAAGUAUGUACGUUUGUUUGUUUGGUUAGUUCAGAAGUUUUUUAAAUUCUGUUUGUUAUAAUGUAAUUUAUAAGUGGAGAAGGGAACAUGAUAAACUGCUGUUCAGGAGUAUUCAUAAAGUGUUUAUAUUUUUAAGGCUUAUAUUCAGUCUAGUAAUUUUAAAUGAUAAAAACAGUGAGUAAAAUUUUGUUUACAUGACUCACUUUUUGGAGGGGCUGUGUAAAUAUGGUGUAAAUAUUUUGGUGUACAUUUGGUGAAUGCAGUAAUUGGAUUUAACUUGCUUUGAUGAAGGGAAACAUAAAUGGAUAAUGAGCGAUUCUGAUGAUACAGAUGUUUUGCUCCUAAUUCCGCCUGACCUCUUCCUCGUACCGUCAUCUUCAGAGUCUGACGUUAGCUCUGAUCAACUGAACACAGACUAUAGUAAAAGAUCUGGAGUGAUAUCAGAACUUGUGGAGCAUAUGCAGUCAUUGGAAAACAGAAUCUCUGCUAUUGAAUCCAAAGAUAAUAGUUUAGACGCUACUUUGCUAAACAAUUCGUUGGAUUCGAAAAUUCAAAACACUUUGGGUGCCAAGCUCAGGCAGACAUUACCUAGAACUAGGUUCUCUGUAGGUCAGAGUUCUAGUUUACAGAAUACACCUGUAAAACCCAGUCAAUCCUUAUCUGUUCCAACAACUCCUAAUUCAUUAUCAAAUCAUAUUAAUUUCCAUCAGAAUGAUGUGAAGUCAGAGGGUCAUUUUUCUAUGGCUAUUGGUACUAACGCGACUAACACUAACGAGCACAGUAAGAGUAAGCAUGAGCCUGUAAUGUCCCAAUCCUCUGUGGUGGUAUCUUCUGCUGCUUGCAAUGUGGGUUUCCCGCAUGUUACUUUUUCCAGAAGGGAACCGUAUUCUUAUUCAGACAAUUGUACAAGUACAAAUAAUAUGUACGUUAAACCUUCUAAUCAGUUGCAUUCAAUGCCAUCUACCUCAACUUUGUUCAGCGCAACGGAACAGCCACAUUCGUCAUAUUCUAAAAGUAGUAUACAAGAAAUGGAACUCUUCGAAGUUGAUGAACUGCUUCAAGAAAUGGAAGCUACUGAAUUAGAGUUAUUGAAAAGAAUCAAUAGGGUAUCAAUGCAUAAAGGUGUUAAGGAACAAAACGGUGUAUUAUCGUCUAAUCAAAAUGACGAUAAUUCUAGAUGCAGUAAUUUUAAUAGCAUUAGUAGACAUCCUAUUAGUAGGAAGUUGGAAUUUGAGUCAAGAGAUUCAAGUCAGUAUCAUGACUUUCUGUCAAGUUUACCUCAAAAAAAAUAUUCUGAAGCUUUUCCUGAUAUAUCCUUACCAUGUGAUAAUUCAUUCCAAUCGAAUGAGACUGAUAAAAUGAUCUCAGCAUUCAAACCAUGGGAACAGAAUACCCAGAAAUCGUUUUCAAAGACUGGAGAAAUAGAAAAUACGAGAGACUUAAAGAACAUAAGUAGUGUUAGUAAGUCAGUUACAAAAGCAACUCCUGGGAAAAAGCAAGAAAUAGUUACUGAACAGGCUACAACAUCAGAUGCCUCAUUACAUAAUGAAUUAACAAAAUGUAACACUGCAACUGCAACAACAAGUACAGAAUUUAAUUUACAACAUUUACCACAAACAUAUCAAACUUCUGAACAGAAUGGGAAUGUAAGACAUAUGAAAGAAUCAAGUGAUGGUCCAUUUGUUAAAAGUAUUUGCCAUGCUUCAACAAAUACAGAAUUUUUCCCAAGGAAAUCCCAACGACUUUUAUCAUUAUCUGAUUUCUGGGACAAUAAUGGUACUAAGUCACAAGAAGAAAUUCGUAGAAUUAAAUUAGAAGAAGAAAAAUUUCGUCGGGAGCAUUGUGAACACUUAAUUCAAGAGCUUCAGAAACGAUUGUUAGAACAGCAGGAGAAGGUUGCUGUAGCACUUAGAGUAGAUAAUGAAAAGAAUGAAUUGAUAGCACAAUUUCACAAUGCGUGGUCUAAAUUAAAACAGCGCGUUUAUGUGUUAGAAAGUGAAUACAAUGCUUUGCAAACAAAUCUUAAACAUGUGACAGAGAAACAUCAGUUAGAAGUUUCAGAAUUUCAAUCACAAAUUAAACGUUCUGAAGGUGAAUUGUCAAAGGCUCUAGAUUUAGCUGCAGGUUACAAAGAAAAGAAUGACACAGCAAUGAAAGAAAGGGUAGAUUUAUUAAAGAGUCAUGCUGAUGAAUUAGAGACAUACAAGUCAUUUGUGCAAGAAGCAGAAAACAGAUAUGAACAGCUAAAAGUAGAAUAUAAUAAAUUAUCAGAUAGAAGUCAACAGACUGAAGAAGUAUUAAAGAAUCUUCAGCAAGAGUUAGGUAAAGAGAGAUUAAAGGGUGGAGAAGUUAGAAAUGAAAUGGAUGUUAUCCAUAAAGCUUUGGAUACUUGUGAAGCUGAACUAAUGGUUCUCAGACAAGAAAAAGAAAAUUUACAGUUGAAGUUAAAAGAAGAAAAUAAUCGAAAUGCCAUUCUAGAACAAAAAAAUAUUUCACUGCUUUCAUUGCUUGAUGAUGCUAAGAAGGCAGAGAAAUUAGCUAAGGAUGAAGCGAAAACGCUUGAGGUAGAACAAGAAAAACUUAGGUCAGAAUUACAAGAAAUCUAUCAGAAGCAAGUUGAUGAAGUAGUAAAAGUAAAGUUACAGGAAUUUCAAACCCAACUUGAUACAGCUGAAUCAGAAUUUCUUGAGGAAUUAAAAACUAGACAGCAAGUUAUUGCUGAAUGUGCAGCUAGGAAAAUUAAAGAUAUCAUAGAUAAGCAUCAAUUAGAAAUCAAUUUAUUAGAGGAGAAACAUAAAGAAGAGAAACGAUUAUGUGAGCUUCAGUUAGCUGAAGCUUUACAGAAAUCAAGUAUGUUAGAAACACAAUUGAAUUGUCAACGUGCCACUAAGUCUCAACUUGCAGAGCAGCUUCAUUCUGUGAUGCAAAAGCAAUGGCAGAAGGCUUUACAAAUUAUAUCAGGCGGUAACAUGGAAAAUUUAACACCGCUACAAAAAAUUCACGCUGAACGAUUGUUCGAGUAUAAAGGUCCAAAAAAGUCUGAAUCAAUGCCAAAUUGUUGUACAAAACUCUCUCAAGAACCAAUAAGAUUGACAACGCAGAUGUCCGAUGUAAAAAAUUUUCACGAUUAUAAUGGAAGUAUGAGUAGCAUGACGCCAAUCGAUGAUACUCCCUUAACUAGUAGAAAAGAAUCGAAAGAUGAUCUCAGAAAAUAUAUAAAAAUGAUCGCCGAAUUACAGCAAUCAAAGGAAGAAUUUUCAAAGAUCAGAGAAAAUAUUUCAAGUCCUCCUAUAGUUUGCAGAGAAGUUCCACGAAAACAUUAUUUAAAACAGGAGUCAAGCAUAAAGGAUGAAGACAGUAUUACAUGGCAGCCUGUAUCAGAUGCGACUCAUGACACUAGUGAAUAUAUACCAAUCCCUCAAAAACUGUUUAACAAAGGGGAUCAACAAAAAGUUAAACCGCCAUGGAAAUGACGAGAUAUCAGUAAUUUGAUAAACGAUAUUGGUAUCGAUGAAGUUGAUUGCGUCCAACCAAUGUAUUUAGCUAGCCAUAAUUAAGAUAUAUGCAACAAAUAUUUUCUACUUUUAAUAAAUAAAUUUUAUACAAGAUUA